UAGCAGACAGGAGUAACAGACUCUCCCUUCCGGAACUCUGCAUCCGUAUCGGCUCUGAUUAUUUCACCAUCGGGGUUCGGUCCAACAUGGCGGCUUACGGAUGGAAAUACUGAUGACAGUCCGAAAGAUCGCCUCGAUUUGUACGAUGGGCGCCAAUGCCUCUGCCUUGGAAAAGGAGAUUGGACCGGAACAGUUUCCCGUAAAUGAACACUACUUUGGAUUGGUCAAUUUUGGCAACACCUGCUACUGCAACUCCGUUCUGCAGGCUCUGUAUUUCUGUCGGCCGUUCAGAGAGAAGGUGCUGGCGUACAAGGUGCAGCCUCGUCGUAAGGAGUCUCUCCUCACCUGCCUGGCCGACCUCUUCAACAGCAUCGCCACGCAGAAGAAGAAAGUUGGUGUCAUCCCCCCGAAGAAAUUCAUCUCACGGCUGAGAAAAGAAAAUGAGUUGUUUGACAACUACAUGCAGCAGGAUGCACAUGAAUUCCUCAACUACCUCCUCAAUACCAUCGCAGACCUCCUCCAGGAGGAGAAGGGUCAGGAGCGGCAGCAGAAUGGAAAGCUGGUACAGAACGGAGGUGGAGGAGUGGGUGGUGGAAGUGAGGGAGGAGGAGGAGGAGAGGGGGAAGGAGGAGAAGGAAAAGAGACACAGCAGACUUGGGUCCAUGAGAUCUUUCAAGGAACUCUGACCAACGAGACGCGAUGCCUCAACUGUGAAGCUGUGAGCAGUAAGGACGAGGACUUCCUGGAUCUGUCUGUGGAUGUGGAGCAGAACACGUCCAUCACGCACUGUCUCAGGGGCUUCAGCAACACAGAGACCUUAUGCAGUGAAUACAAGUAUUACUGUGAGCAGUGCCGCAGCAAACAGGAAGCCCAGAAAAGAAUGAGGGUAAAGAAGCUGCCGAUGAUCCUUGCCCUCCACCUGAAGCGCUUUAAAUACAUGGACCAGCUGCACCGCUACACCAAACUGUCCUACCGAGUCGUCUUCCCCUUGGAGCUUCGCCUUUUCAACACGUCAGGCGACGCCACCAACCCCGACCGCAUGUAUGACCUGGUCGCUGUUGUCGUACACUGUGGCAGCGGUCCCAACCGUGGGCACUACAUCACUAUUGUCAAGAGCCACGGCUUCUGGCUGCUGUUUGAUGACGACAUCGUAGAGAAAAUCGAUGCACAGGCGAUCGAGGAGUUCUACGGUCUGACGUCAGACAUUUCCAAGAACUCUGAGUCAGGAUACAUCCUGUUCUACCAGUCCAGAGACUGAACCAGCCAAUGGGAAAUCCCUGACAGAUUGCCCAAUCAACGGAGGGGGAGGGGCUUAUGGCAGCCACCGACUCCACCCAGUCCGCUCACAUAAGUAUCCAGGCUUUAUUUCCUGUAGGCGGAGCUUUGCACUGGAGCGCCACUGGGACGGGUUGAGACGAGUGCAGGUUUGCAUGCCAGCCUCCUGGAUUCCAAAUCCUCUGAAUCCACACUGCGACAGGCACCUUGAUAUAUAAAAUAACCAAUUCUUCAACACUUGCUUUGCACUGUGGCAUCAGCAGGGAGGACUGUACUGCCAAUCCAAGAGGCUGCCAUCAUCGUGUGUGUGAUGGAAAAAGCAGCCGGCGGCUGACGAAGAAGCACGAGACACUUGUGUCAUGAUGGCAGGCCUUGUUUUCAUGGCUGCCAAUGGUGUCAACACAGUUUUCUUCAUCGAUAUAUAUAUGUAUAUAUAUAUAUAGGUGUGUAU